GUUAAAAAGCAGGCUAUAUGUUGAUACCGGAUAAAAAGGUGUGCACAAGUAAGCUACAUACUCCUCACCCCUCUUGGCUACGCUUGGACGUGUUGCUUUUUGGGGGGAAAACGGGUGAUAAGGAAAGCCAGCCUGAAUGAUGUCGGAGAAACGCUACGACCCUAAUGAUAAAACAUUCAAAUACGUGAAAAGGAUCGAUGAUAUCGAUCUGGAUGAUGACCUGAGCAUUCUUCGGGCGGAGCUGCCUUGUGGUCAUGCCGUCAGUCCAGAAUCCAUGACGGAGUAUUGUAAAACAGAACUGAAAAAGGUAAAACAUUCAAAAAUAGUUCACAAUUUAAGGUGGUUCAUUUUUGGAGUGGAUUUAGAUCUAACACUGGCUGGGCAUUCUGCUGCUUUCCAGGGCAAAACCACAUUCAGGUGCCCUGCCCUUAAUGAUGGAAACACAUCAUGUGAUGCAGAGCUGCCCUAUCAUGUGGUGCGCAAGUUCGCCCUGCUGACCCCUGAGGAGCAAUGCUACUUUGAAGAGACUCUCGGAGAUAUGGCUUGCACAGGCUAUAGCACUUGUCCAGGCUGCAAGAUAUUUGUAGAAAGAGAAGACACCCGCAAUUUGAGUGUGGAAUGCAGGAUUUGCACCACCAGGAUGAGAAGAACGUACGAGUUUUGCUGGCAGUGCUCAAAGGAGUGGAAAGGGAAGAGACCCCGUGCUGAUCGAUGUGACAACGAUGGCUGUAUUGACAAGCGCCUUGAUCUCAUACGGACAUGCAAAUAUAUUUUCUUUGAGAGUAUAAAAGAGGUGCGGGACUGUCCCUCUGUGCGGGCCUGUCCCACUUGUGGCAAACUGAUAGAACACAACGGGGAAAUGUGUAAAAACAUAACUUGUGACACAUGCCAAGUCGAGUUCUGUUUUGUCUGCCUGAGGCUCACUGCUGAUUGUGCAAAGACAGACAGCAGCUACUAUGGCCGCUGCUCAGUUGGCACGGCACCAAGGCAGACAUCCAUACCUGUCUGGAAGCGCUAGCUGAGUUCUCUGAAUCAACAAUAGUGAUGUUUGUGAGGGGAGAGACAUUUAGAGGAACAUCCUGAUUGUUCAAUGCAUGUAACGUGACAUUUUUUAAAUUCUGAAAACUACUUGUACAGGAACAGAAAAUGUAUCUGAAAAAAUAUGUAGCAUGUAUUACCAAAAGUAUCUAUCUGGCAAUCGGUGUAAUCAAAAUAAGUAUAUCUGUAAUGGAAUUAAUGUCACAUAAUUAUGUGUUAAUAAAUAAAUAAACUUCAGUGUAAACUUGUUUCGAAAAAAUUCAUGAGGUCAAGAGAUUUACUGUUGGUGUCAUGCAACAUUUUGCACAGGGUACCUUCUGCGCCUCAAUUUUACAUCAUUUUAGGCAGUUAUUGCCAGUGCUGGUGUCAGCUAGCUAAGCAAAAUGUACAAAAGCCUGGAGUAAUAUUAGUAUGCCAGCUAACGUAAGCCCACUUACAUCCAAAACAAGCUAACGACAG